AUGUCGUCGCCAACGUGGAAUCUAGCAAAUCUAUCGUCAUUCGUAUUCGACCGUGAUCGUUAUCGACGUAGUGUAAGCGAACAAAGACAUAUUGUAACAACUCACGAGUAUCAUAGUUAUACACGUACUGAAUCACCUUGUGAAUAUCGAAAUUAUUGUGAAUAUUGUCCUUGUAUAAAUUGUCGCCGUUAUCGUCAACCAUCAUAUCGACAUCGUAUGAGUCGUCGACAAUCAUCAAAUUUUCCUCCAAAAGGGCAUCAAGAAUAUUAUUCUAGUGCACAUUCGAUAAGAGAUGAAAUAGAACGAGGUAGUCCAACAGGUAUUGAGAUAUAUGUACAUCAGCAUCCACAAUCACCACAAUCACGAUAUCAGCAGCAGCAACAACAACGACAUCCCUAUCAACCACAUCAUUUUCAUGAUACUAAUGAAUAUGAUAAUCAACGACAAUCACGUCUAUUGCAGAUUAAUCGACGCAGCACACGUGAAGUUCAACCAGGCGAUCAAACCGUACCAAGUACUACAAAUACUAGUCGACAAGACGAGGCUGUUAUUAAGCGAAGAUUAUUCUUAAACGAUUUAACUAAUGCUAUUGAACAUGAUCCAAAUGAAUUGGCUUAUGUAUUUUUACGUCGACGAGAUCAAUUUUUAAAUCUUUAUUCUCAGUAUAUGUAUGAUCGUACACGAUCUGAACAUGUACUACAAACAAAUCCAAAUAUUCAACGUUAUUUCGAUGAAUUAAAACAACGAUUAGGUAUACAAACAAGUGAUUUAACACUUAAUAAUUUACUUAAUCGUCCUAUACAACGACUUGAAAAAUAUAAGAAUAUUUUACAAGAAAUGAUUAAAUAUACAAAUCGUAUGCGAGAGGAUAGUUCAGUAUUUCAACAAGCUUAUACAAUGAUAAGCAAUGUAAUGAAUGAAGCACGUCAACGUGAUGCAACUGAACUUAUUGAUAAUUUACCAUUUACAAAUGAUGAAUUAGGAGAUUUAAAACGUCAUGAUGUUGUUUUAAUUAAAACAACUGAUCAUGAUCUUGAUUCAAUAAAUGAAAAUGGUGCACGUUUACGUGAAAGAUUCUUAUAUUUAUAUCGUCAUAAAAUUAUUUUAUGUCGACGUAAACGUGUUGAUAGUAGAUUAGAACCAAAAUCAUUAGCUUUUAAACAAGCUUAUCAGACAAAUGAAAUAACUUUUAUACAAGAAAAUUUUCCUGAUGAUGAUAAAAAAUUUGAAAUUACAUUUAAUGAUAAUGAACGUGUUACAUUUUAUGCUCGAAAUACUUUUUCAAAAAUAUCAUUAGUAAGAUCUUUACGAGAUAAUCUUAAAUCUCUUGGUUUUGUGGAAGAAAUUGAAAUGAUUGAAACAGCUGAAGGAGAUGAUGAUACACGACAAAAACGUCCAGCAACAAAGAAACGAACAGUGGAUGUUUUAGAAUCAUCAAUGUCCGAACAACAAAAACGUGGUCGUUCAUCCGGACAUACAACAACAUCGGGAGCAUCGGAUUUUUAUUCAGUUGGAAGUGAAAGUGAAUCAAGUUAUCAAACUGCCGGAGAAAACGAUGAUUUCAAACCAAAAUUUCUAAAAAAAUUAAAUGAUUCAUUAGCUACAGAGGGUGAUUUUGUCACAUUAGAAUGUAUAGUUAUUAGUACAACACCAGUUCAUGCUACAUGGUUUAAAAAUAAUAUACCUUUACAAGAUAGUGCUGAUUGUAGACAAGUACAAGAAGAUAAACAUUUUAAAUUAAUAAUUAAAGAAGCUUUUGUUGAAGAUGGAGGAAUUUAUUCGAUAAAAAUUUCAAAUCAUGCUGGAACAGUUACUUGCAGUUGUAAAUUAUUCGUCAAAGAAGAAAUGAGUGAUGAACGAACUAUUCGUGAAGAUUUAGUUAUUCGAGAAGGUUCAUCGCCGGAAUCGAAAAAAGAAACAACUGAUAAUGAAGAUGAAUUACGUAUUACAGAAAUGGCAUAUGAUCAAGGUGGUGCAUAUAAAGUAACACCACAUAUUGGUCGAGCACCAAUUUUUCUUCAAUCACUUAUGCCAAUGAUAUCUAAAGCUGGUGAUAUUGUUACAUUAAAAUGUACUGUCACAGCAACGCCUAUGCCAUCUGCUACUUGGUAUAAAAAUGGACAAGAAAUUCAAGCAGGUGGUCGUUAUUCAGUAUUUCAUGAUCAAAAUGGAAACUAUUCAUUAGUUAUAUCUGAUGCUUUACCACAAGAUUCAGGUGCAUAUGAAAUUACAGUACGAAAUCAAUAUGGUACAGCAAAUUCAAAAACAAAUCUACAAAUUCUUGAACGUGAGAGUGUUUUUAUUCCAAUUCCUAUAACACGUGUAUCAACAGAAGAACAUGGUACAGCUAAAUUAGCAUGUGCAGUUAAACGUUCGGAUGUAAAUGUUGAUUGGUAUAAAGGUGAUCAAGCAUUAUUUAUUGGACAACAAAAUGAAAAUACAAAAUAUAAACGUAUUGAUGAUGGUUUACAGCGAGAAUUAAUUGUUAAAAAUGUUUCAUCCGAUGAUCAAGGAGAUUAUGUUUGUCAAGCUGAUAAAUAUCGUGUAACACUUCAUUUGAAUGUUCAAGGACCUGCUGCUGAUUUUCCAUUUUUUGAAUGUCAAUUAACAAAAGAAGAUGCUCAAGUUGAAUGGUGGUUUCGUGGACAACCAAUAAUUUCAUCACAACAUCAUUUAAUUGCAUCACAUGGUUUUAUACGUCAAUUAAUUUUACCUAAAGUUGCAAUGAAUGAUGAAGGAGAAUAUUCAAUACGUGUUGAUAAUAAAAAUACUUCAACAGCACAAUUAUUUGUUAAAGAACAACCAAUUAUAUUUCGUCGUCCUUUGCGUUCACAAAUUGUCGAAGAAAGUUCUUCAACAAUAUCAAAUAGUGCUAUUUUUGAAUGUGAACUUAAUAAGCCAUUAAAACAAAUGUUAUGGUUUAAAGCAAAUGUUCAACAUUUAAUUCCAUCAGAUAAAUAUAUUAUCGAAUCAUUUGCUAAUGGUCUUAUACAUCGUUUGACAAUACAUAAUGUUAAUUUACGUGAUGAUGGAGAAUAUACAGCAUCAACUGGAUUAAAUACAUCACAAGCAAAAUUAACUGUUGAAUCUUUAAUGCCAAUAUUUGUUGUACCAUUAAUGGAUGCACGUGCAAAUACACGUGAAACAGUUAAAUUAUCAUGUGAAACAAGUAAUGCUUGUCAAGUUGUAUGGAUGCAUCGUGGAAAGAAAAUUAUUGAGAAUAGUUAUAAAUAUACACUAGGAAAUUUUAAUAAUUCAACAUUACAUACUCUUGAUAUUGAUAAUUUGGAAUUACGUGAUCAAGGUGAAGUUUUAUGUUCUAUUGUAAAUCAUCCAACUGUUUCCACUACAUGUCAAUUAAUUAUUGAAGAUGCUCAACAACAAUCGGCAUUCUAUUCACCAUUAAAACCAUUUAUGGAAAUUGUUCGUGGUCAAGAUGCUAUACUUAAUUGUGAAACAUUUGAUUCAACAUAUUUUCAAUGGCUUAAAGAUGGUACGACAUUAAUGGCAACAAGUAAUAAAUUUCGAACACUUGGUGAUGAUAAACAUACAACAUUAGUUGUUAAACAAUUUAAUGAACAUGAUGAAGGUGUUUAUACAUGUGUAACACGAGAAGGUCAUUCAACAUCAACAACACUUCGAACAGUUGAUCAUCGUGAACGAACACCACGUAGUGAAGAACGUUUUGGUUCAUAUAUGAAAAUUGAUUCACCACGUACAAGUCGAACACCUGAAUUAGGUGGAUAUCGUUCAAGUAUGAGUCCAACACAUAGUCGUUAUGUUCCAUCAUUAGCUGAAGAUAAUGAACGACAACAAUCACCACGUGUUGAAGAAACACGACGAACUAAAAAAAUUACAAUACAAGAAACAAGUGAACAACGUUUACCAUCAACAGCAACUAAAACAAGUUCGGCAACAUUUCGUCCAAGUUCAAGUCCAAGUCCACAACGUGAAUAUAUUCGUAGUGGUUAUUCAUCAGGUACAAGUCCUGAACGAGAACGUUUAUCAAUGCCACGUCAUUUUUCACCAUCAACAACAUAUAAAUCAUCAAAUCAAUUACAAGAUUUUGGACAUUAUAUUGAUCGUAGUUCAAAAUCUCCAUCGCCAUCACCAACACGUAAAACAAAUAUGACAUUUGCAAAUAUAACACCAACAACAAAAAUGCCACCUGUUUAUGAAGAACAAGAUGAACAUCAUCGACAUCGUUCAUCCGUUACAUUUUCACCAAGUCGAUCACCAGCUCGACAAUCCGUUGAAAGAAAAAUCGUUGAAAUGCAAAUACCAAUGAGUCCAACAUUAUCACAUCGUGAAUUAAAACAUGCACCAUAUCGUGAAGAAUCUAUUCCAGAAGAACGUUUACAAUUUUAUGAUAGUGAAACGUAUGAUAAACAAACACCAAUAUUUCAUCGAGAAGAACCUUAUGGUUUAAAUACAUCACGUAUACAAGUAACUGAAACAAUACCAAUCGUACAAAUAACACAACCAUUAGUUGAUACACGCGUUGAACAAGGUAAACCAUUACGACUUGUUGUUGAAACAUCUCAACCAGCAAGUGAAGCUAUUUGGUUUAAAACGGAUAUUUAUUCAACAGCACCUAAUCAAGCUAAAAAACUUGAUGAAAGUGGAAAAUAUCAUAUGAUAACACAGGGUACACGACAUAUACUUAUUAUACCAAAUGCAACAUCUGAAGAUAAUGGUGAAUAUAUAUGUCGUAUACAAAAUGCUAUGACUCGUGCACAAGUACAAGUAACUAAUGAAGAUUUACAAUUUAUUCGACGUUUACCACAAUCAAUUGAUGUUAUUGGUGGACGUGAUAUUAUUAUUGAAUGUGAAAUGAAUAAAAUGGAUACACAAGCGAUAUGGAAAAAAGAUAAUGAAAUUAUUCGAAUUCCUCAAAAAUUUCUUCCAAUGUCAGAAAAUAAAAAACAUCGAUUAAUUAUUAAAGAUGCAAGUACUGAAGAUUCCGGUCUUUAUACAGUUAUUGUUAAUGAUCUUGAAUCGACAACAUAUGUUAAUGUUACACCUGAACCAUUACUUAUAUUAAAACCAUUACAAGAUCAACGUGUACAUUCAGGUGAUACAGUCACGUUUACAUGUGUCUGUUCUAAAACACCAAAAAAUGUUCAAUGGUAUUUAAAUGGUUACCCAUUACCAAUAAAUGAACGUUAUCAAACAAAAUUAAUUGAUCGUGAAAUACAAUUAACAAUAAUUAAUGUACAAGAAUCUGAUGUUGGUACAAUAACAUGUUGUUUAAAUAAUACAAUAACAACAGCUAAUUUAACAUUAGAUGAUAAAGAUAAAACAUUAAAAUUUAUUAAAUUAUUAGAAGAUGAUGAUACAGGAAAUAUUCAAGUUGAUUCACCAUUUAUGCUUGAAUGUCGAACAAAUCGACCAACAUAUCAAAUACGAUGGUUUAAAGAUAAUAGAGAAAUUAGUCAAUUUGAUCAAGUUAUGAAAACUAUAUCAGAUGGAUGUACACAUGUACUUCAAAUAUCUCGUGCACAGUCUGAACAUAGUGGUCAAUAUCGAUGUGUUGUUGGUGAUCGUCUUGAAACUACUUGUCAUAUAACAGUUCGUGAACCUGAAUUUCGUUUUACUCAAUCAUUACCAUCAAAUGUUCAAUUUUCUCCACAAACUGAUACAUCAUUAACACUUGAUGCAACACUUAAUCGUAAACCAACAUCUGAUGAUCAAGGUUUAUAUCGUUGUGUUAUUGGUAAAGGUCAAAUAACAAGUGAAUGUCAAGUAUCAAUGAAUUUAAUGAGUGAAAAUGAUCGUCGUUUAAUCAAACCAUUACAAGAUCAAAAUAUUUAUGUACAUGAUACAUGUACAUUAAUUGUUCAAUUUCAAGGUGAUGCACCUGAUGUUAAAUGGUAUAAAAAUGGUCAAGAAAUUCAUUCAAGUCCAAAAUAUCGUUUCAUACAUCAUGGAAAUGAACAAACAUUAAUUAUAAAUGAUUGUCAAUUAGUACAUGAUCAAGCUUAUUAUAGUUUACGUUUAGCAACAAAUACAAAACUUGAUUUAACAUCAUGUUAUGUUCAAGUUAAAGAUAAAUUUGUUAAUAUAACAAAACAUCUUGAACCACAACGAUGUAUUCUAGGACAAGAACCACAGGUUCAAUUUGAUAUUGAAACAACUCCAACAGAUAAAAAACCAAUAUGGUAUUUUAAUAAUCGACAACUUGAUAAUACAACAAAAUAUGAAUUAAUAUCAAAUGAUAAUACACAUCAUUUAUUAUUUAUUCAUCAACCUGAAUUAUCUGAUCAAGGACAAUAUACAGUUUCAUUUCCUGAAAGUGAUCAAUCAUCAACAGCUAAUUUACAAGUUUUACAAACACCAUCAACAUUAGAUUUUAUUCAACCACUUGAAGAAGUAUUUUUAUGUGAAGAAGGUGAUAAUUUUGUUCUUGUUACACGUACAAAUAAACCUACACAUGUUAGUUGGAUGAAAAAUGGUUAUAAAUUAUCUUUAAAACCAAAAUUAGAUUCAUUACCAACCAAUGAACAUCGUUUAUCAAUUGAAAAAGCACAAAAAUUUGAUCAUGAAGGUAUCUAUACAUGUAUAAUUGAUGCAAAUAAUAUUGCAACACAAUGUCAAGUUAAAAUACUUGAACGUGAAUUACAAUUAAUUCAACCAUUACCAAAACAAAUACGUUUAAAUGAACAUGAUACAUUAACAUUAAUAUGUGAAACAAAUCGUAAACCAAAAAAAGUACAAUGGUUUAAAGAUCAAUCAAAUAUUCCAUUGGAAACAAAUAAUUCAUUAAUGAUUAUCAAUGCUGAUGAAACAUGUACAUUAAUUAUAAAUAAUAUUAAUAAAUUUGAUUCGGGUACAUAUACAUGUCGUCUUGAAGAUCGUUUAAUAACUGUUUCGGAUGUUAAAAUACAAGAAUCAGCACCACAAUUUAUUGAUGGACCACAAUCUUAUCUGAUUUGGAAACGACGUGAAGAUGGACCUGUUGCAACAAUUAGUUGUACAUUAAAUAAACCAAAUGUACCUGUUAAAUGGUUUCUUGAAAAUAAAGAAAUUCAACCGAAUUUAAAUAAUAAAUUUGAAAUUAUAUCUGAAGGUUCAAUGCAAUGUUUAUUAAUACAUGAUGUACAAAAAGAAGAUUCAAAUAAAUAUGUUAUUUCAUUAGGACCUAUUUAUCGUGCAUGUCAUUUAGAAGUUGUUGAUGAUGCGGGAUUAUCAACUGAUGAUGAAAAUUCUGAUCGACUUUUACAACCUUUAACUACACUUCAACGACAAGAAAUUAUGGAAGGUGAUUCUUUAACAAUUGAAGUUUCUCCUGAUACAAAUAUUCAAUCACUUUCACCAAAUCAAUUUCGUUUAUUAAAAAAUAAUCAUCCUAUAAAUGAUUAUUCACGUAUUAAAUUUGAACGUGAUACAUCCAUAGGAAAUUUAAAUCGAUGGGUUAUACAUUUAAAUGAUGUUGAUUUAACUGAUUCAGGUGUUUAUUCACUUGAAAUAAAUAAUCAAGCACGACAAGAUUUACUUGAUUUAUUUGUUAAAAAACGUCCAAUACAACGACAAUUAAUAACAUUACCUAAAGAUGAAUUUUAUUUACAUGAAACAAUCACACUUGAAUGUAAAUUUGAACGACCAAUAAAAACGAAAAAACUUCAACCAACAUGGUUUAAAAAUGGUCGUCCAAUACAAUCAUCAAAUCGUCAUUUAGUUAAUAUUGAAAGUCAAAUGCAAGAUGGUCCAACAAAAUAUUCAUUAACAAUAAAAAAUGUUGAUUUUAGCGAUGAAGGUGUUUAUGAAUUACGUAGUGAUUAUCUUGUUGUUGAAACUCCAUUUAUUCGUAUUAUUGAAAAACCUAUUCAACCAACACCUGUACGUACAGUAACUGAAGGUGAUAGUCUUCAAAUUGAUGUUAAUAUUGAUCAACAAAUCUCACCUGAAAAUAUACUUGAUCAAAUAACUGUUUUAAAAGAUAAUCGUCCAAUAAUAAAUAAACCUGAAAUACAUAAAUCAUUUGAUGGUAAUCAAUUUAAAUUAGAAUUAAAAAAUUUAGCAAUAAAUGAUCGUGGUUUAUAUGAAAUUGAUAUUCAAGGACAACGUACACCGAUUUGUUUACUUGAUGUUAAAGAACGUCAACCAGAAGUGUUUCUACUUGAAUUAGAUCGAAAUAUAUUUGAAGAAGGUGAAACAAUACGUUUAGCAUGUACAUUUCCGCAACGACCAGGUCCAACAUCAAAUUGGUUUAAAGAUGGACAAUUAAUUCAUCCAAAUGAAAAUAUUCAAUUGAUUGAUGAAAAUAAUACAUUAACAAUUAUUAUACGAAAUGCUAGACGUACUGAUUCAGGUAUUUAUGAAGUUCGUAUUGGUUCAGUUAUUGCUCGAGCACCGAUGAUUCAAGUUUUACCAAAACAACAACAACCAGAUAUACCAAUACAAAAUGUUCGUGAAGGUGAUACAGUUACAUUAUCAGUUGAAGGUUUACAACCUAAUAUUCGACCUCAAGAUAUACAUUUAUUAAAAAAUGGAAGAAAAAUAAUGCCAUCAGAAAAACCCAAAAUAUUAAUUAAACGUGAAGAUGAUAAACUUCGUAUUAUAUUACAAACAUUAGGACUUGAUGAUUCAGCUUUAUAUAGUGUACAAAUACAAAAUGAUAUGCAUCCAUUAGCACAAAUUGAAGUUGAACCACGUCAACCUGAAAUUCAAGAAAUGCAACUUGAACAAGAUACAUUUUUUGUUGGUGAUACCGUUACACUUGAUUUAGAAUUUACAAAUGAACCAACUGAACUACCACGAUGGACGAAAGAUAAUAUUCUACUUAGAAAUAAUGAUCGAGUAACUAUUGAAAAUGUUGGUAAUCGAGUUACUUUGAUCGUACGAGAUUUACGAUUAGAUGAUGCUGGUAUUUAUGAAGUUCAAAGUGGUCCAUUAAUUGUUCGUACACCAUUUAUAAAUGUUAUUGAACGUGAACAAGAUGUAACUGAAAUUGUUGAUGAAACUGUAACAUAUACAAUUACACCAAAUCCUCCUGUACAACCAAUUGAUACAAAAACUUGUACUAUUAAAGAAGGAGAUAAUGUGACACUUAAAAUAGCUUCACAAACUCCAAUAACAGUUCAUGAUGUACAAUUAUUUAAAAAUGGUCAACCAAUAAUAUAUGAUAAUGAAACAUUAAAACAUCUUAAAAUUGAACAAAAUGGACCUAAAGAUGUUCGUUUAAAUAUAAUCAAUGCUCGUUUAAGUGAUACAGGUGAUUAUAGUGCAUUAAUCAAUGGUAAUAUUCAACCAAUAAUAACACUUCAUGUUCAACCACGUGAAAUGCAAAUACAAAUGAUUGAUUUACCACAAGAUACAUUUAAUGAAACUGAAACAUUAAGAAUUGAUUGUCAAUUUCUUCAACCAAAUAUAAAUAAAGAUUAUAAAUGGUAUAAAGAUAAUCAAUUAAUAAUACCAAAUGAGCAUACUGAAAUACAAAAAGAUUCAUUAAAUGAUUUAUUAAUAAUUCAUAAUUUAAAAUUAACUGAUGCUGGUGUUUAUGAACUUAAAAAUUCGAAUACUAUUUUACGUACACCACCUAUUAAAGUUCUUCCAUAUCAACAAACACCAAAUAUUCAACAAUUACGAUCACAAGUGGCUUCAAAACUUGUUCAUGAAGGAGAUACUGUUACAUUUGAAUUAGCACCUAAUUUUGAUGUACCAUUAAAUAAAAUCGAAUUAUUUCAUGAAGAAAAUCCAAUAACACAUGAACCAUAUGUUCAUAUGACAAAAGAUUAUAAAACAAAUUCAAUUACAGUACAAAUUGAAGAUAUUAAAAUGCCUGAUCAUGGUUUAUAUACAGCUGUUGUACAAGGUCAAUCGGUACCAUUAGCUGAAUUAAUUGUUGAACCACGACCAUUAGUUAUACAAAAUAUGGAUUUACCAAAAGAUGUUUUUUAUACGGAUGAACGUCUUGAACUUGAAUGUGAAUUUCCACAAGUACCUAAAGGUGAACAACCACAAUGGUUUAAAAAUAAUCAACCAUUACAAUCAACAUCAAAUGUUCAUAUAUUAACUGAAAAUAAUGGACGAAAACAUUCAUUAAUUAUUGAACAUUUAAAACCUAACGAUACAGGACAUUAUGAAUUAAGAGUUAAAGGUUUAAUUGUUCGAACACCAUUAAUACGUGUUAUUGAACGAGAACAAAUACAAAUUGAUGAACAACCAACACCAUAUAUUGUUACAGAAUUUGAUGAUGAUCAAAAUAGACUUAAACCACAAACAGCACAAAGACGAUUAAGUAAUGUUAUGAUUGAAGAUAUUACUGAUCAAGAAAAUAUUUCAUAUCAACCAUCAUUUUAUGAAGAUACCCAACGAGUUCAAGAAGGUGAUUCAAUUAAAUUCAAAGUUGUUAGUACACUUGAUGUAAGACCAAAUCAAAUUCAUGUAUUACAUAAUGGUUUACCAGUUGAUAUGAAAAAACGUCCAUCAAUUACUGUUGAUCGUGUA